AAUCCCGUCGGCGUGAUGGCGUUGGUGUCCCAUGUUUCGCGCGGCCACCUGACCAAACCGCCCCCGCGGCCGCGGCCUAUAAUAAAUAUCAGCGCUGUCUUGAAAGCAACGCGAAAUCGUUUCCUCUGUAACCACUGCCAUCCGUCGUCGUCCUCGUCCACACACGCCACGCGGGUGAACAGUGACCGCUGGACUCGCCACCGCCCUCAGCUUAGCUCAAUGAUUGGGAGCGCCAAGCCGCUCGCGGCGCCGCUGCAGCCGCCGUCCCCCACCGCUCGCUGCCUCGCCCCCUCGUCCUGCGCCCCUGACUCCCCCCCACCUCUCACCCGCGCCGUCAAGAGCCCAGCUGCCCAGUCUCAGUCUCAGUCUCAGUCUGACGCCGCCCCGGCCCCGCCACCACCACGCCCGGCUGAGGCCGCCGCCUCGUCCCACGUGCUGCGCGCGAGCCCGCAGCUCAGCCGGUGGUCCCGGGCGCGGGCGCUGCGGUCGGGCCGCCGGCCGGGGUCGGAGUCGUCGGACCGCGCCAAGCUGUCCUCGGCCUCGGUGCUGCCGGCGACCAAGUCGCCGCGGCCCGAGGACGCUGCGGUGGCGGUGGAGGAUGGCGGGGACGACGACGUGUGCGUGGCCGAGAGGGACGCCGCGCCCGGGAAGGCCAUCUACAUCGUGUCGGACGGGACCGGGUGGACCGCGGAGCACGCGGUGAACGCCGCGCUCGGACAGUUCGAGCACUGCUUCGUCGACCGCGGCUGCGCUGUCAACACCCACCUCAUCUCCAUGAUUAACGACAUGGAUCGAAUUCUUGAGGUAAUAAAGCAAGCAGCAAAGGAAGGGGCACUGGUUCUAUAUACCCUUGCUGAUCCUUCAAUGGCUGAAUCAGCUAAGAAGGCCUGCGAUUUCUGGGGUGUUCCGUCCACUGAUGUUCUUCGGCCUACAAUUGAAGCCAUUGCUUCUCAUAUUGGUGUUGCUCCAUCUGGAAUUCCACGAAGCUCUCCUAGUCGACAGGGUAAACUAACAGAGGACUACUUUCGACGGAUUGAUGCUAUUGAUUUUACCAUCAAACAAGAUGAUGGGGCUCUGCCACAGAACCUCAACCGUGCAGACAUUGUACUUGCUGGUGUUUCACGUACAGGGAAGACACCAUUGUCAAUAUAUCUAGCUCAAAAGGGAUACAAGGUAGCAAAUGUCCCAAUUGUGAUGGGAGUGAAUCUUCCAAAGACCCUUUUUGAGAUCAGCCAAGACAAGAUUUUUGGAUUGACAGUAAACCCGGUGGUUCUUCAAGCAAUUAGAAAGACUAGGGCCAAAGCUCUAGGUUUUGGUGAUGGGUAUCAGAGCCAUUAUGCCGAAAUGGAACAUGUGAGGCAGGAACUGCUCCAUGCAAAUCAAAUUUUUGCUCAAAACCCAACGUGGCCAGUCAUUGGGAUCACUGGAAAAGCUAUAGAGGAAACAGCUGCUGUCAUUGUGAGGAUUUACCAUGACAGGAAACAGAAGUGCUCCAUGCCACGCAUAUCAAAACGGGUGGCUCCAGUCCUAGUCUACAAUUUUAUGUCAGUUGGUUAACACUCAUGCCGAGUAUUACAAGGUCUUUGCUACGGAGUUUUAAGUCUAUAUACUCCGCUUCGGUGAAGUGAUUUCAAAUGCCGUAAACCUAUUCAAUUCGGCAAUUUUUAUCGAAGUCUAUCUGGCCAGAUUAGAAUAAGUACAAUAAUAGUCUUAUAGCCAAGCAAAUGCUCAUCUAGAGGAGAGAAGAGAGGAGACAAGAGAGGAGAGUUUGACUCUUAUGCAAGCAACACGCUAGGCAAGCGAGACUAGGAAGUGGUGGGCCGUCGACCGCCCAAACAUUACGUGAAUGUGAGAAGGAUUAGAAAAUAGAAAGUAGGACAUGGGUAAAAGUAAGAGAAAAAAAAUCCUUAUAGCGAAAUAAGAGACUACUAUUGUAAGUUUGGUUUUUACAACUUAGCUCUACUACUUGAAUUGCUCUUAGUGCCAUAGUGCAUAGAGGGUCCCAAAUUAUCUUGCAUCACCCCUUGUGAUUCGCAUCAUUCUCUGUUCAUUGAGGUUAGGUUCAGCAAAGAUCUGUAUAUGUACCACUGUUGAAUAAACGGCAUCCGAGCAAAGACAAUUGGCUAUCGCUCUUGAGA